AUGGCUAUUCGAUCAGGGCUGCUGCGCUCAGGAGCGCUGCGCGCUCUACGCUCACAGCACCGUCGAGCAGCAGCACUGAAUUAUAAUGCUGGACUUUUUGGACAUCAUUGCGCCACGUUUCACACUACGCGCGCUACCAUGGAACCCAGUAAACGCGAUUAUUAUGAUAUUCUGGGAAUUUCACGCGAAGCGAGCAAGAAUGAGAUUAAAAAGAAGUAUUAUCAAUUAGCUAAAAAAUACCAUCCAGACACAAAUAAAGCAGAUCCUGAUGCAGCAAAGAAGUUUGCGGAGGCUACUGAAGCUUGGGAGAUCUUGGGUGAUGACGAAAAACGACAAAGAUAUGACGAUUAUGGUCACGCCGGCGUGGAUGAGCAAGCGGGUUUUGGUGGUGGAGGCUUUCAGGGACAAGGAUUUGAAGACAUUUUUGGCGAAUUUUUCGGUAGUCAAGGUUUUAGUGGACGUUCAAGUCGUAGCACCAACCAGCCACAACGUGGCUCAGACAUUCAGGUAGACAUUACACUUAACUUUAUGGAGGCCGUGAGAGGCACAACGCGCGACUUGAACAUCACGGCCAAUGUUGAGUGUGACACAUGCGAUGGGUCAGGAGCUAAACCUGGCACGAAAUCAAAGACUUGUUCAACUUGCAAUGGUUCUGGUGUUCAAAUUAUGCAGCAGGGAUUCUUUGCAGUCGAGACACCGUGCCGUCGCUGUCGUGGUAAAGGAUCGAUUAUUGAGUAUCCAUGUGGAUCGUGUCACGGAAAGGGUACAGUCAAGAAACCCCGGACGGUUGAGGUGAAAAUUCCUGAAGGUGUGGACCAGGGUAUGAAUCUCCGUCUUGCACAUCAAGGGGAGCCUGGUCAGCGCGGUGGGCCGGCAGGACACUUGUAUGUCGGCAUUCAUGUCUUACCAGAUCCGUUUUUCAAGCGGCGUAAUACGGAUGUACUUGUGGACGUACCCAUCUCAGUUGCGCAGGCUGUACUUGGUGGUAAUGUGGUCGUGCCAACAUUAACUGGAGAAGUCGAAAUGAAGAUUCCACGGGGCACACAACCAGAUACUGUGCUACAAAUGCGGGGCAAAGGAAUCAAGGAGCUAAACUCAAACCGUCGUGGCUCACAACUUGUGAACCUUCAAGUUUGCGUCCCCAAAAACUUAUCCGAACGACAGGAAGAAUUGAUGAAAGAGUUUUUGAAAGAAGAGAAAGAGCGAGCGGAGAAAGGAGAAGAUCCAGAUAGUAAACCUCAUUCCUUUACCAAGUCGGUACGAAACACAGUUGAUCGGAUAAAGAAUUUUAUUAAAGGAUGCAAGACGGACUAG